CCGCUGCGAAUUGAAAAUUGCAGAACUGCGAUAAUUGUAUUGUGCUACUGCAAAUGAAUGUCUAGGGUAGCGCCAAAGCCAAGUUCUACAGGCAAGCUUAGGCGACUGACUGCAAAUUGGGCAUUUGAGAACAUUCCAGAACCUUCGCAUAAGACAACAGGACAACCUAGGGACGAACUUUUACGGCAAAGGAUGAAUGCAAGUAAAACGGAGGUCGGCAGGAGGAUACAUCAAGCCAAGUCAACAUUCACAAAAGAUCUCCCACCACCCUCCUAUGAUGCUGGAAGGAAAAGACAAGAUUACUUGCGACAACAUGAAAAUGUGGGUAGUUACAAUUACACUCAACCAUUGCUUGACUUCCUCACUCAUGUGCAGGAACCAGCAUCAGUGGAUGACUCUUUUAAUGAUGCUAUGAGUGAUGGAACAGAUUCCGGUCUAGGCUCAGCCACAACACUAUCUAGCAGUCAGGAGAUACUUGAAUACAUGGCGGACAAUCUCAUGCACUUCCUGAAUCCUACUUUGGUACUUCCACAUUUGAUGAACCACAGCUUGCUAACUGAGGAGGAUGCUGAUUAUAUCAGUUCUCCCAAACAAAGUGAUGAGGAGAAGAAGGAAAAGAUACUGUGUGCCCUGGCAGUGCAGGAUGCCGAUGUGGUAGAAAGACUAGUAGAGUGCUUGGCCAGAGACUCGGUUUAUUCAAACCAUCGCUACAUUGCUAGGAAAUUGAGGGAUGCAAUGGACUUGAAAAGAAAACACCCUGAUGUGCCAUUGUCCACACUGCGGUUGGGAACUCCUCCUCGUGACAGCAAGGAGUCUUCUCCCCCAUCUGCUCCGAUCAAGCCUCGUGGAGCAGCACAGAGAAACUCCAUUGCCAAGCUCCUGGCUACAAAGAGGAAUAAUGUGGCCAACCUUAUCUCUCAGAUAGAGACCAAAGAAACAUCGCAACAUCAGCCAACAGUGACGGAAAGUCAUACCUCUGAGCAGCCAGCAGUCACAGAUAAGCCCUUCGGUCACAAGGAGCCUGUUACUACAAGUCCUUACAAUCAUCCCCAAUCCAAUCCAGUGAACACUGUUCGACACCAUAUCAAUACCAAUGCUGUGUCUCGCUCCACCUCCCAAUCUUCAUCUCCACUGUCUCCACCCUCAACUACUAGACCUGAAAUGCACUCUUCUCACAUUCCCCAUCAUCCUCUUUCCCCCUCUCAUAAUCGUCCCAACCCCCCAUCUCCAGCAUCUCCCACUGUUUCAUUCUCUCCUUCACACACUCAGCCUGCUCCCCUCUCUGCACGCCCUCGACCCCAUCCAAUGUCACCAAAGAGCCCAUCUCCUCAACUCACUCCACACUCUAUAUCACCACAUAUUAUGACCCAUGCCCCCUCAAGUCACACUUAUUCGGUAGCUAUGUCCCACCAACACUCCACUCCAAACUCUCCUUCUGUCACCUCUCCUCCCCGUCCACAACCUCCUCCACGUGCAACUGCUCCCAAACUCUUUCAAGCACAUGCCAUCCCGCAAAGUCCCUCUGACACUGAACGGCACACUAGUGUAUCACCUACAGAUCUUCCUACUAGUCCCACAUCUCAACACUCCACUGACAGUGGAAGAGUAAGCCUGAGGGAGAGAGAGACAACAUCCAGCCUUGCAUCACUUGGGGAAAGUAAUAUACACUCACAGAGAAAGUCUCUCCCAGACUUACUUUCUUCAUCUUCACCCAAAAAACCUUUCUAUCCUCCCUCUCCUUCCUACACUGAGAAAGGCGCGGAUGAACUCACCCCGCCUGACAAAUAUUCCCCCGAUAAUCAUGCCGAUGACAGCAUCCAAACGGCAGAUGAGAUCCCAGUACGUCAUCGGCAACGAGCUCCUCGACUUGCAGGACUCACUGCGAGGUUCUAUAGACACCGUCGCAGUGCCUCCAUGUCUGCCUACGACACUCGUCCCUUCAAACGAGGGGAACAGUUGUAUGCUUCAGAGAACAGAGGAAGGAUGGAGAGGUCCGGUUUCUACCACUAUGGCCAGGGAAAAACAGAUGCAGCAACAGCCAAAGUCAGAGCGUCUGUCAGGGAGGGAACAGAGAAACUGGUGAAGCGGCGUAUUGACUGGCUACAAGAGAGAGUACAAUUCACUGAUUGCCCUGAGCAUAUUCAGUUCACAUCUCAGACCCACUAUGGCGAGGAGAGAGAACUACUUUACAGUGGGACACUGCACAAGCAUGGUAAAGCCAGAUUCGUUGUCCUCUUUACUGACUACCUUUUGGUGUUGAAAGCAAGAAGACCUAGCGUCCCAUCAAAGCUGGGAGGAGUUUUCAGUUUCCAGCAAUCCUCCAGAAUUGACUGGUUCUCUGAGUUGGAGUACACUGCAAAAAAGCCAUUGCCCCUCCAUCUAUUGACUGUGCAGCAUCAGAGCAGUAAACAGAGUAAGUAACUAUGUUGCAGGUCCCACCUGGCAAGUGUGGUACACAUCACGAUUGCACUAUUAUGCAGCAAUGACAACUUCUGUUUGCAUUUUAAUGAAAAAAACAAAGUGAUGGAGAUUGUGUUGCAAGCAGUUUCAAAAGAAGCUAGAGAUAUAUGGGUAGAAGAACUGUCUGAAGCCAUCACACAAGCAACAUCAGCACAUGCUGAUACAUUUGUUCUUGUUGGAAACAGAGCUCUCAUCAAAAACAGUGGUGAGCCCUACAAGAAACUCCAGCUACAAAUUCACAGUGCAAGUAGCCUGGGACUGGCAGCAAACUGCAAUUCGUUCAGUCUGUUCUGUGUGAUAGAACUGGGCAAGCAGCGUUGCCGUACACCCUCAGUCAUGGGGGGUUACAAUCCUUCAUGGGGUUACAAGUGCGAGUUUACUGACUUCGAUGAUGAGGAUAACCUUCUGAUUGAAGUUUUCAGUGAAAAUAUCUUUAGACCAAAUGAUUUCCUUGGUUGCUUGAAUGUCCCAUUGACAUCACUGCCGGAGGAACAACCCGGUCGAAAAAACUUUGAUGGUAACAUGGUUCUCGCUGGGCUAGAGGAGGCGUUUGCAGGAGAGCUACACAUAACUGUUGAGCAAGGGUGGGAGACGAAGAUGUAGAAAGCACUCUACAUAAUUAUUUUGAAAUUUGUAUUAACACAUUAUUUCUGUGACUGAAACCUUUUUACCCGAAGACAAUUACUUAAAUCGCCCUCUUUAUGCUCUACUUUCUACUUUGUAUGCACAUCUCUUCCAGUUUCAGUGAAACUAAAAUAGAAAGUGUGCAUAUAGCAUUGACACGCAACGUCUGUUCUAAAACCAAAGUACACCUUCAGUGAAGUUCAAUAGGCCAUUCACCGUAGUUGUAGACCCCGAGGUCCUUUUUGGCCUGUCAAUAGUUGCCCAAACAUAC